UCGUUACUAUAUUAUGGAGCUGUAGAAAAAAUAAAAAAUACAUUGAAUGGAAUAACUUUUAAGAAAAGAGGUUCGAGAGAUUGUAUAUAUUUCAGAAUGAAGAUGAUGUUCUAUAAUGUAGCAGCUUGUCUACUUGUCAUCGCAGUGUCAAAUGACAGGGUAUUAUCAUGUCCCAGCAUAUGUUACUGCUCCACAGAUAUCAAUGGGGUUAAUGUAAAUUGUGGAAAUAGAGGACUGACCGUUAUUCCGAGAAACUUCACAAAUGACUCAUACACCAUAAGUUUGAGUGGAAACAAUCUGACAUUUGUCAAGAAUGACACUUUUGAACAUAACAUCAACUUAAAAUAUCUAUAUUUGUACAACAAUCAAAUAACUACAAUACAGCAGGGAGCAUUUCAAAACUUAUUAGCACUGCAGACACUAUAUUUGUACAACAAUCAAAUAACUACAAUACAGCAGGGAGCAUUUCAAAACUUAUUAGCACUGCAGACACUAUAUUUGUACAACAAUCAAAUAACUACAAUACAGCAGGGAGCAUUUCAAAACUUAUUAGCACUGCAGACACUAGAUUUGAGUGGAAACAAUUUGACAUUUGUCAAGAAUGACACUUUUGAACAUAACAUUAACUUGCAACAUUUAUAUUUGUACAACAAUAAAAUAACUACAAUACAGCAGGGAACAUUUCAAAACUUAUCAGGACUGUUGGAAAUAAGUAUGAGUGGAAACAAUUUGACAUUUGUCAAGAAUGACACUUUUGAACAUAACAUCAACUUAAAAUAUUUAGAUCUUGAUCUAGUAUGUGAUUGCAACGUUCCGUUUUGGUCCUGGGUAAAAUCACAGUCGUUUUAUGAAGAUUUUGUCACCUGUUUGGAUCGGGAUAAUGUUAUACUGUCAAGUCUUCAAGAAAGUGAUUUCGAUAACUGUACCUACAAAUCGUGUUAUCCUGACUAUUGUUCAAAUGGUGGAUCUUGUAGUCAAAACAGCUAUGUUGAUUUAGUAUGCUCGUGCGUCGGCGGGUGGACUGGUACUACAUGUACAGGUAAAUGGAAUAUACACAGAAUAGAAAGGUUAUAAAAUUGAAAAUGGAAAUGGGGAAUACGUCAAAAAAUACAACAAUCCGACCAAAAAGGAGAAAACGGCCAAAGGCUACCGAUGGGUAUUCAACACAGCAAGAAAAUCCCUCAUCCGGUGUCAGGCUUCAGCUGGUCCUGAAACAAAAAUGUGAACUAGUGACGGACGUCACACUAAACUUCAAAACAUAUAAAUGAACUAAAAUUGGUAAAAAAAAACAUACAAGACUAAAAAAAACAGAUACUCCUGACUUGCAAAAAUGCGGCAGGGUUAAACAGGUUUUGUGAGAUCUCAAACCUCUCCUAAGCCUCUAUACCAUGUUUCAGUGCUAAUACCUAUCAAACUCUGAUGAAAAUACAACUAUUAUCAUUAAAACAAAACUAAUAUUUGGUGAAUGCAAACUAAAAAAAGAACUGCAUUAUCCAAUUGAUACUGAUAUGAUUUAUUUAUGAUUAAAACAGACCAUACUUUAACUUUAUAUAAUAUGUUAUGGUCAAUGCUUAGUGGAUACAACAUGUACAAUAAGGUUAUAUCUUCAAAAGCAAUUUGUAAUUUAAAGAGCACGCUAAGCUUAACACGCAUACCUUAUUUAUUGAAUUAUUUACAAUUUCUUUAAUCAUAACUGUAAGGUGUGUAUUGCACACCGGUGUUUGGUAUGAUAUAUUACUUGUACAAUUCGGAUGAGAAUGAACUAAACAAUUAAAAGAGGGUUUCCAGAGGCAUGUAUACAAUCUACUAUUGAAAGUAGGUUGGGUAAAGAUAAGCCCUUAGCUCUAUCGUUGAAAUCAGUCAGAUUUGUAAACGAAAACAAAAAUAUCAAAAUCAUCUUUAUCUAUAUUAAAACUUCCCAUUUAUUGCUAUCAUAAUGAUUUUCAGUCUAAAUGUAAAUGUUUGCAAAUUGCUUUGUUAUAAUAUACGCAUUUAUUAACGUUACCUAUAUAGAAAGAGAGAAUUUAAUUUAAUGUUGUCGAAGCUAUAUCAAUGAAAAAAUAACUGCUAUUUAAUUAUUAAACACUGUUUUUGUAUUUCAAGUGAAUGUAUUGCAUAGUUUAUGCUAUUCUAAUACUUUAAAUUUCUUUUUAUUACAUCCAGGUCAAGUAACAAUUGAUAAAUGUAUUUAUUUUCAUCAUCAGUAAAGAAAAUUUAAACAAUACAUCAAGAUCAUAGUGUAACAUCACAACAAAGAAAGACAUACUAUAAAAUAUCAAAAUUCAAAUGACAAAAGCAGGUGAAUAAACACUGAACGAAUCAAUUUGAUCAAUGACGUAUGUAAAUACAAUGUAAAUAAAAAUAUUUUUAUUCUUGUAUUUCACAAGUAUGGACAUUAUUGUGAUUAUGUGAAAUAAAAAAAAACACAAUACUUCAUAUACUAUAACUUUUAUUCAAAUUAUUUUCAAUUUAAAAACUACAGCUCUAAUGUGAAAAAGAAACGCGAUCUACACCAUAAGUGGAAAUGAUAAAGACAACAACAAUAUUAUUUCAAGCUUGAUCCAUAAAACAAAACUAUAGAUUGAUCAGCAUGAAUCCUCGAAAUUAAGGUGCGCCAAACCUGUAAGAAGUUCAUAUUGCACUGAUAGAAAAAGUUGGUGAUAAGUCGGAUUUUGUGACGUCACAACAGAGGAAACGUUGACGGAAUUGUUGCUGCGACAUAGCACAUGUCCGUAGUCAUCUGUGAAAAACCAAUCAUUAUCGGUCAUUCAAAUUUACUAUCCAGACAAGUAGUUCGUACAUAUUACUAUCAUAACCUCAUUGCAUUCAUUUAAAAUUAUGGAAGUGUGAUUUCCGUAUUACGCUCAGUUUGAGUGUUGCUUGUUUUUUAUUUUUAUUAUCUUUUUUUAGCUAUAUUGAAAUCUUAAAGAAUUUCGUUUAUUCAGGUGUAGUUAACUUUAAUAUUUUGAAGUCUAGAGUUCACAGGUGAAUUAACAUUAUGAAGAGUUUUGAUUAUUUUUCGAUGAUAUCCUCUGAAUUACGUGUUUAACCCCCCAAAAAAUGGAUCAAUAACGUAGAUCUAGGAAUAAAAAGAAACAAUUCCGACUUUGUGUUAACUAUAAAUCAAUAAAGGCAACAGUAGUAUACCGCUGUUCAAAAGUCAUAAAUCGAUUGAGAGAAAACAAAUUCAGGUUACAAACUAAAACUGAGGGAAACACAUCAUCGACAAGAGGAAAACAACGAAAUACCAGAACACAGAAGUGUAAGAAAAAAACGACAACAAUGCAACAUACAUAGAAACGAAAUAUAAGUUAACAAUUGCCAUAUUCCUGACUUGAUACAGGACAUUUUAAGACAAAAUGGUGGAUUAAACCUGGUUUUUGUGGCUAGCCAAAUCUCCGCGCUUUAUGACAAUGUUAAAUAUACCUCUAUAUAGUUAUAUACAAAUAUAUAUAUAUAUAAAUCAACAUAUAUAGUUGCACUUGGAUAGCAUAACUUAUGUCUUUUUAUCUUGGUCAGUCUAUAUUUCUGUCAGAGAUUACAUAAUAGAUGAACCAUUGUCCAUGUAUGUGCGAUCAUGUUAUUUUAGGGCAUUUAAUGCCAUAUCUUUGUAAUUUUAAUGUUUGAUAAUAUUUUUUCAUGCUAAACUUCUACUAUACAGACUUUUUUUUUUAAUUUUAAAUUUGAAUUCCGCUUGUUAGAAUACAGCAAAAAAUUGAAAAAAGAAUUGGAGGGUAACCAUAUUACAUUUUAGAUACAAGCUGUUGAAAGUCACUGAAUGAUUUGCCAAUAAUACAAAGAAUAUGAGGGGUUAAACGACAGGAACGCAUUUUCUCGCAUGACAGAAGCUAGCUAUUUCCUUUUAUGGGUAAACCGUCCAUCAAGUGAAGGUUCUUAAACAUAUAUCUACCGGCUUGUUAGCUGACUUCAGAUGAUGUGAGAACAACAAUACGUAAAAUACGAACACUAUAAAAUGGAAAUGUUAUAAAGGACGAACAACCAGAGCAUAGUUUGAUACAUUACAAGCAACUUUCAUCGAAAAAUCAACUUGGUGUUAAUUUCUGGAUAAGCUGAUUUGUUGAUGUGCGAAUACUUUUUUGAUGUCCAAGAAAACGUAUGACAGAGUUGGAGAACAUUUGAAGUGCUUUUUGAAAGACACAGGAAACAAGACAAUUGAAACUGUAUUAAACCAAGAGGACCAAAGCUUCAACCAUGCCAGAUUUCAGACGAACGAGCCCUUUAAGCAAUCAAAGCUUAAAUCAUCUGACAAAGAUGAAUCAAUGUCUUGAAAGGACUCUAGUAGAAACAUCAUCAGAACCUUGUGACUUUUACGUUAUUACUUUAGAAUGUUAUAUUAACACUAUCUGUAAACGUAGUUAUAUAAUUUGAAAACUUUUAGUAUAUACUUGAAAAAGAGUAUAAAAAGGUUAAUAAAUGGUAAAAAUGUUGACAAAGAAUAGAAAACAAACAAAAAAAAAAAAAAAAAAAAGAAAA